AUGUCUGGUCCUCCUCAAACCUCUCCUCAUCACCCCCAUAAUGCACCUCCAGGGCCCAUGCCUAAUGGUCACGGACCUCCAAUGGGCGGCCCCGGUGGAAAACCCAGCGCUUCCCAUCAGCUAAGUGCACUUAACGAGACCGUUUGGCUGAAAAUUGGGAGUAUUGCUGAGAUGAUGGGAAAUUUGGACGGUGCAAUGGAUGCAUAUGAAUCCGCUAUCCGACAGAACAGUUAUUCGAUACCUGCAAUGGAAAGCAUUUCUCAUAUAUUACGAACACGGGAACAAUUUCCCAAGGCUGUUGAGUAUCUUCAGGCUAUCUUGAAUAUCGAUGCCAAUAAUGGUGAAGUUUGGGGCUCACUUGGUCAUUGUUAUCUCAUGAUGGACGAUUUACAGAAAGCUUACCAAGCGUACCAGCAAGCUCUCUACCAUCUCCGUGACCCUAAAGAACCGAAGCUGUGGUAUGGCAUAGGUAUUCUGUAUGACCGAUACGGUUCCCUCGAACAUGCAGAAGAAGCCUUCUCCCAGGUCAUGCGAAUGGAUGGGAACUUUGAUAAGGCAAACGAAAUCUACUUCCGCCUCGGCAUAAUUUAUAAACAACAGCAGAAGUUCUCUCAGAGCUUGGACUGCUUCAAAUUCAUUGUCCAGGAUCCGCCACGCCCUCUCACAGAGGAGGACAUUUGGUUCCAGAUUGGACAUGUUCACGAACAACAAAAAGAUUUUGAAAACGCCAAGAAGGCGUACCAAAGGGUUCUUGAGCGUGACCCUAAUCACGCUAAAGUCCUUCAACAGCUGGGCUGGCUCUACCAUCAGCGAAGUGCGAGCUAUGAGAGCCAGGAGAUUGCUAUUGAACAUUUAGAAAAGUCGGUCAGGGCUGACAACACUGAUGCCCAGAGCUGGUAUCUUUUGGGACGCUGUUAUAUGUCUCAGCAGAAAUAUCCCAAAGCGUAUGAAGCUUACCAACAAGCUGUGUAUAGAGAUGGCAGGAACCCAACCUUUUGGUGUUCUAUUGGUGUCUUGUACUACCAGAUUAACCAAUACAGGGAUGCCUUGGAUGCUUAUAGUAGAGCUAUUAGGCUUAACCCUUACAUCUCUGAGGUUUGGUAUGAUCUUGGUACACUCUAUGAAUCGUGUAACAAUCAAAUCAAUGAUGCCCUGGACGCCUACCAAAGGGCGGCUGACCUUGACCCAACCAAUGUUCAUAUCAAGGCUAGGCUCAACCUGCUUAGAAGUGGCCAAGCGUCCGGUGUACCACAUACUAGCCAACCACCCCCAGCCCCACUUCCGCAAGAUGUCCAGCAGUAUCAGCCUGCCGCCCCGCCCAGCCAUACAUGGCCCCCUCAGGGUCCUCAACGUAGCCAACCAUCAUCACAACAUCCUGGGCCACCGCCACCCGGCCCACCCGGCCCACCCGGCCCAGUCUUAGCUCAGCUGCCGCCUGGAGGCCCCGGACCAGCACCUUCGCCUUAUCGAGGUCCUGAUUCAAUGGUGCCUCGUCCACCAAGUUUGCGUAGUCCUGACAUUGGUGCUACAGAUCAGUCUCGCCCUCCUCCACCUCCGCCAUUGCAUAGAUACUCUCCUUCGCCUAAGAUCAACCAUUCAUCGAUGUACGGGCCGCCAUCCGGGCCUAGCCAAGCGCCACCACCGAUGCACCACCCACAUAUGCCACAGUCGAUGAACGGCCCUCAACCGCCACCAAACCGUAUUCUCAAUCCUCAGCAUCACAACGGACCGAUACCGCCGCCGCCGCCACCAUCACACAACCUGAACCCACCAUCUAAUGGAAAUGGUACAAUUGGGGUGACGUUUCAUGGGAAUCGCGGAAGUCCCAUUCCUGAAAUAAUAAAACCAGUGGGCGACCGUAUGCCAUCUCCAAGCUCCUCCGGAUUUCAUUCACAUAGUGUGCAUCGUCAAGCUCAUCUUCAACAUCCACAGCCAGGAAUCGUUAAUGGCCAACCGGUCCCGACUGCAGCGCAUCAUGCCGCUGAAAAUGCUAUGCGCGAGAGAGAACAGCGGGACCCGAUCAAACGACCAAGAGAGUGGGAGGACAUCGACGACCCACAUCCGAAGAAACAGGCAUCAGAUAUUACACGCGAGAGACUAGAGAGUCACAUGCAACCCCGAUCUUCUCCACCCAGAAGAAACACAACAAUCUCCCCAGACGCCCAGGGAAGACGGAGCUCCUCGGAGCGUCCAAGGGAGGACUUUAGAGGUCCACCACCUCCUCCAUCUCACCAUAGCACCCCUGGCCCGAGACCGAUGCACCAGUUUCCUCCUAUGAGUGAAUCCCCAGGCAUGCAACAGCCAUCGCAGCCGCCGCCGCCGCCGCCGCAACCACCACAGCAACCCAAGGUAGAAGAGAGAAGGGAAAUCAUUGAGCCACCAGCUCGAAAGAUGGAUCUCGAUGAGGAUUACGACAACGAGCCCGAGGGGGACGACAGGCGUCCACCUCCAGUUUCCGCUGGCGGCAAGCCCGAAGCCCCCAAAGUAACCGUCAAUGGCAGUGAUAAAUGA